AUGUAAGCAAGUAUGCCAGGUGGAAAUGGACAUCUCAAGCCUAGCUUAAAAUUAAAUUAGAUUGUCUAUCUUGGUGCUCACAAUGCCCCUAUGUCCAAGUGUUACGGAUGGAUAUAUGCUUAACAAAACGUCACUUUAACCGAAUAAUAUGAAACUUAUGGUGCAAGGCAUUUUAAAAUUCCAUUGCAUUGGCAUGUCUAAGAUGGCAUACCUUAAAUUGUUGUUGCACAUGAGGGGGACGGGGGUACUAAUUGCAAGCUUAGUCUUGUUUAGAGAGCUUUGAGUAAUCCAGAAAAAGCUGUAGAUCGUCUUAAAGAAUUAUUUGAUUUAGCCAUCAAAUAUCCAAACGAAGUCAUGAUUGUGAAACUUGAGAGUAAAUUAUUCUGCAAUACUCAAACUAAUGGGACUUAGGGAUGGGAUAGAAGUUUAAUUACUAAAAUGCUGCAUAGUUUGUUAGUUGAACUUAAAGGAGAAGAAAGAGCCAUAACAUUUUAAGAAAAUAAUCCACCAACAUUAGGUUGGUGUAGGGAAAAUAAAAAGAAUAUAUUGAUUACAAUUGAACCAAGGGAAUAGGUGAUGGAAGACUUAAUAAAUUAUACAUAUUAUUCAUAUAGAGUAAGUGCUCAAGUAGAUUGGGAAACCGAUCCAUUAGAGGAUGUUAAAACUGGAAAGGUAUAGCGAGGAGUAACAAACAAGAAUGAUGGAUCUAUAUGGUCACCUUUUUUAGAAAUUCAUUUAAAUCCUGAAAAUUCUUUUAAACCUGAUUACCAAUAUCGGACUAAAUAUAAUUUUUAUUAGCACGUGAAAAAACGGUUCUUACAAUAUUAUCACCAUUGUAGAAAGAUGCCUAACUUUGUUGUUGCUGAUUUUAUAGAUUAGGGGAAUGGCUCAAUCUUUGUUGAUGAAAUCAAUCAAAGCAUCAAUGAAAAUGACGGUUUUAAACCAGAAUUAUUUUGA